AUGCUCCAAAAGUUAUACUCCGUCAUCACGACUGGUCCUAGGGAAGCCAUUCGCGGAAGGCGGAUGGUAAGAGGGCCCGUUGAGAAGUCUGCCUCUCUUGAGGGACUAUUGGCCAUUCUCAACGAUCGAGACAGAAUCAACGACCAGCUUCGGAGCCAGCUGGCGGGCUUCGACAGGGAGGAGCUUGCCGAAGGCAUCAGAAGCAUCAAAAGGCUCUUGGACUGCUGUCUCAUAGCAAUGGCUUGGGCUAUGUUCGCGUGCAACUAUUUCGACCGGAGCUGUCUCGCCGCAGCAGAGCUCAUGGGCCUACGUACUGACCUAAGCAUGAACUCGAACGAGUACGGCCUGGCGAUGAUGCUCAUGUUCAUUGCAUACGUUUUGGCUCAGGUGCCCUCAAAUCUCUACCUGGCCAAAGGACGCCCUUCAAUAUACCUACCAACUGCAAUGGUUCUUUGGGGCUCCGUUUGCACUUCUACCGCCUUUGUCAGAACGCCCGGAGCACUAUACGCAGCUCGGUCACUCCUGGGCCUCUUGGAGGCACCCUUCAGCGUUGGGUGCCUCUUCUUAAUCUCAUCCUGGUACACGCGGACCGAGUUGGGUUUGCGGAGUGCAAUACUGUUAUCAGCACCUAUGAUGGCCAACGCAUUCACUGGUGUCAUUGCGUUCGGGAUCCACGACUCCGUGGACGGGGCGUAUGGUCUCGAGGGCUGGAGGUGGUUGUUCAUUGUUGGUGGGUCCGUCACGAUCAUCAUCGCCUGCAUUGCGUUCUUCACUCUGCCAGACUAUCCGCACAACACUCGGUGGCUUUAUGAGGAAGAACGCGCCCUGGCUCAACUGCGACUGAUUGCUGACCGCGGUGCUUCUGAAUAUGAUGUGAGUCGAGUUGUCGGCCUCAAGAUGGCAUUCAACAGCUGGCAAGUAUGGACGUUUGCGGGCAUGUACUUCCUAUUGGCAAUCGGCGCGUCACUGCACAACUUUUUCCCUUCGGUUGUGCAGACCCUAGGCUUUUCGAGGAACACGACCUUGUGGAUGACAGCUCCACCAUACCUGCUUGCCGUGGUUGUUGCCAUCUCCGCAGCUCUGUCCGCCGACCGACUUCGGAAUGCCUCCUCCCACAUCAUUGGAACCACAGCAUUGGCAAUUGUCGGGUUCUUGAUGUUUUUGCUCGAGCAGUCCACAGGUCGCCGAGACGUCUGGGCUCGGUAUGCAUCGACAUUCCUGAUGAUAGCUGGGGCACAUGCUGCCAAUCCGAUCGUGCUUGGUUGGGCACAAAAAACGGUUCGACAGCCGAGGGAGAUGCGGGCGACCGCGAUUGCGAUCGUAAAUACCUCAGGGACCAUAGCACAGAUCGCCACCUCUGAGCUUUACCCCAAGCGCUGGGCGCCACGCUACAUUCAAUCGAUGUCGCUGAACACAGCAUGUGCACUGGCAGCAGUCCUCCUGGCAAUCUUCAUGCGGGAAGCUUUACGACGUGCGAACAAGAAGCUUGACCUGGUGGGUAACGCUGUUGGUGGGGAAGCACAAACGCCAGGGCCAUCGAACAAUGAGCAGAGGCAGGGGGUCGUUAGUACAUACAGAUAUGUCACUUGA